CCCUCUCUCUCACCCACACGGACGCAGUAUACCACCUCUUCACCAGCCACCGUGAGAGCUGGGGCUGACGCGAGUACCCGCAUACGGAGUGCGGACCGCGGAGUGUCGUUGCGCCCACCCUCGGUUCAUUUUUUUUCCUCCAAAUAUCUCUUUAUCCCCCCCUCUCUCUUCCUGACGCAGAAAAGAAAUAGUGGUUCGUUCAUUAUAGAGCAUCCCAGUCUCUCUUUCAUCUCUACAGGAAGCUACAGACAAUUUCGGAAUAUGGUACCUCUCCAAUGAUAAUGCCAUGUGACAAGGCUUUUUAUCAUUUGGCAUUUCUUUCCCCUCCAACAAAAGUCGCUUCUGGGUUCGUCUGUGUGCUCUGGCUUUGGUGGUAUUCAAAGAGUGGCUGAGUGAAGGAAACAUUUUUGAAAAAGCCCCUGGGAGAAAUGGAAGUUUUGGCCGUUGGCUUGGUCCGCUGAGGCUGCUGCUGCUGCUGCUGCUGCUGGUGGUUUGGUGAUUGGUGCAGGGGGGAAACUGCGUCGCCAGGUCUGAAAGGCUGGGGAUCUCGGGUCAUUACAGCGGGACCAGCUUUUCAAGAUAACAAGGUUUUCCCCCUUUUUACGUGAUCGAAUGGUUGCAGAUUUAUCCCUGUAAAUGAGUGGCCACAUCCUCCAGCCCCUCAGCUCGCAUUAACGCGUCGGCGUUUGGAUGCGGUUUGUUUCCUCUGCGGCUCAGCGUCUCUCUCUCUUUACUGGCCCAGAAUAUGAUUUAAUGUUGGAAGGAAUUUCAACAGGGUUCCAGUCUAUGACUACCCAGGAAUCUCUUGCUCUUUUCAUCCACAGGCAAAAGCGUUACGCUCCAAAGAGAACACAUCAAGGCAGAGAUUACCGGGAAUUUCCUUGACCACCCUACAGAUGGACUAAAAAAGGGAAGCUCGGGUUUUCGGGAUUUUAACUCUGUUUGCUCUCACUCAGAGAGCUUGUAGUUUUCGCUGUUUUUUUUUUUUUCUUUUCGGGGGGAAAUAUCUGUGGACAUAAUGAAAGUUAUCGCGGCUAUGUUGCUCGUUGCCGUGCUUUGGAGCCAGGAGUGGAAGUCGGUGCUCUCGGAUUCGAUCAUCCAUAUCGGCGCCAUCUUUGAUGAGUCGGCACGGAAAGAUGACGAGGUGUUUCGCCUUGCUGUGGCAGAUCUCAAUUUGAACAAUGAGAUCUUGGAGACAGAGAAGAUAACCAUCUCUGUGGAAUUCGUUGAUGGGAACAACCCUUUCCAGGCUGUGCAAGAAGCCUGUGAGCUGAUGAACCGUGGUAUCCUGGCUCUGGUCAGUUCAAUUGGCUGCAUGUCGGCCGGCAGCCUUCAAACUCUGGCCGAUGCCAUGCACAUCCCCCACCUCUUUAUCCAGCGCUCCCCAGCGGGAACACCCCGUUCCGCCUGCCCGCCCACCAGUCGCGUCCCUGGAACAGAUGACUACACCCUAAUGGUCCGCCCACCUGUCUAUCUCAAUGAGGUCAUCAUGCAAGUGGUUUCAGAGUACAGCUGGCAGAAGUUCAUCCUCUUCUAUGAUUCUGAUUUUGAUAUCCGUGGUAUUGAGGAUUUCCUUGAUUGGACUUCUCAGCAAGGAAUGGACGUAUCUCUUCAGAAGGUGGAAUCUAAUAUUAACACGAUGAUCUCAAGUAUGUUCAGAACAAUGCGUACGGAAGAGCUGCAUCGCUAUAGAGAUACACUACGCAGAGCUGUGCUGUUCAUGAGCCCAGCUACUGCCAAGGCCUUUAUCACAGAGGUGGUGGAGACCAACCUGGUGGCCUUCGAUUGUCACUGGAUCCUGAUUAAUGAGGAGAUCUCAGACUAUGACUUACAGGAGUUAGUCAUGAAGUCAAUUGGUCGGCUGACGUUGGUGCGCCAGAUGUUCCCUAUGCAGAACACAACUCAGCGCUGUGUCAAACACAACCACAGGAUUAACACUUCCCUCUGUGACCCUAAAAACCCCAAGGCUCAGCAGCUUGAGAUCACAAACCGCUACAUCUAUGAUACCGUGUUGCUGCUGGCCAAUACCUUCCACAGAAAGCUGGAGGACAGGAAAUGGCACAGCAUGGCCAGUCUAAGCUGCAUCAGGAAGAACUCCAAACCAUGGCAGGGAGGCAAGAGCAUGCUGGAUACUGUCAAAAAGUUUGGAGUAAGCGGGCUCACCAGUUUCUUGGAGUUCACCGACAACGGCACUAACCCCAAUAUCUUCUUUGAAAUCCUGGGAACAAACUACGGAGAAGACAGAGGGCGUGGAGUCAGCAGGCUGGCCACGUGGGAUCCAGUUCAUGGAUUGAAUGGCACUCUGACAGACAGGAAAUUGGAAAAUAACAUGAGGGGAGUUGUGCUGCGAGUCGCCACUGUUCUGGAGGAGCCGUUUGUAAUGGUGUCAGAAAAUGUUCUGGGGAAACCAAAGAAGUAUCAGGGCUUUUCCAUCGACGUUCUGGAUGCUCUGUCCAACUACUUGGGCUUUAAGUAUGAGAUCUACAUUGCUCCGGACCACAAAUAUGGCAGCUUGCAGCCUGACGGUCAGUGGAAUGGACUGAUGGGUGAAUUGGUCUUCAAGCGAGCCGAUGUGGGACUCUCGGCUUUGACCAUCACGCCUGAGCGAGAGAGCGUUGUGGACUUCACCACCCGCUACAUGGAUUAUUCUGUGGGCGUUCUGCUGCGCAAGGCCGAACGCACCGUGGACAUGUUUGCCUGCCUGGCACCCUUCGACCUGUCACUGUGGGCGUGCAUUGCAGGCACUGUGCUUCUCGUUGGCGUCCUGGUGUACUUGCUCAACUGGCUCAACCCACCCCGGCUACCCAUGGGAUCCGUGUCUUCGACAACACUGUAUAAUUCCAUGUGGUUUGUCUAUGGAUCCUUUGUACAACAAGGUGGAGAGGUCCCCUACACCACCCUAGCGACGAGGAUGAUGAUGGGCGUUUGGUGGAUGUUUGCUUUAAUUGUCAUCUCCUCAUACACUGCCAACCUCGCAGCUUUCCUCACCAUCACACGCAUAGAGAACUCUAUACAGUCCUUGCAGGACUUAUCCAAGCAGACGGAGUUGCCUUAUGGUACGGUGUUGGACUCCGCUGUAUAUGAUCAGGUGCGCUCCAAGGCUAUGAACCCCUUUGAGAGAGAUCCCAUGUACUCCCAGAUGUGGCGGAUGAUUAACCGCACCGGAAGCGGAGAUAGUAAUGUUGAAGAGUCAAAAGAAGGCAUUCGAAAGGUGAAGUAUGGACGAUUUGGCUUCGUGUGGGAUGCAGCAGUGCUGGAAUAUGUUGCUAAUAAUGAUGAGGAUUGCUCCUUCUAUACCGUCAGCAACAAUGCACCAGACCGUGGAUAUGGUAUCGCCAUGCAGCACGGCAGCCCCUACAGGGACAUUUUCUCCCAGAGAAUCUUGGAGCUCCAGCAAAAUGGUGACAUGGAUAUACUAAAACUCAAGUGGUGGCCCAAGGACAGCCCAUGUGACCUCUACAGUUCAGUCCAGACACGGCAGCGUGGAAAUGCCCUUGAUAUUCACAGCUUCGCUGGCGUUUUCUGCGUCCUGGCAGCUGGCGUGGUCCUCUCCUGCCUCAUUGCCAUGGUGGAAAGCUGGUGGUCACGAAGGAAGGGAUCCCGGGUCCCCUCCAAGGAGGACGAUAAGGAGAUCGACCUGGAGCACCUACACCGCCGGGUUAACAGCUUGUGCACCGAGGAUGAAAGCCCCCACAAGCAAUUCUCCACCUCUUCCGUCGAUUUAACACCCCUUGACAUGGAUGCGCUGCCUGCUGCUCGUCAGGCACUCGAGCAGAUCAGCGAUUUCCGUAACACCCACAUCACCACCACCACCUUCAUCCCUGAGCAGAUCCAGACCCUAAGCCGUAGCCUUUCUGCCAAAGCCGCCGCUGGAUUUUCUGCUGGUUUCGGUAGCGGUGGUGGAGGCGGCCUCCAGGACCACCGGACUGGCGGGGUUGGCCCUUUCAGGCAGAGGGCUCCUAAUGGUGGCUUCUUCCGCAGCCCCAUUAAAACAAUGUCCUCCAUCCCGUACCAGCCCACAGGUCCUGGACCCAACUUUGGAUACGGCAAUGAUCCAGACAGGGGCACCUCCAUAUGAGGAGUUGCUAACGGAUAUGGUUGGUUUCGAGAGUAGAAGGAAGAGGCAAGGUGGUUAGUCAAUCAUGGGGUGGUAAAACAAAUAUGUUGUGGCUGAGCGAAAAAAGUCCGAAGAUAGAGAUCUAUGUACAUAGGAAUCUUUCUGUUUUCAGUUUCUGCUAGGGUGUUUCCAAGGGGUGUCUGUUUUGUUCGUGGAGAAAACGAAGGAGGUGGAGGCCUGUUGGGGUGUUUCUUAUCCUCUUGCAAACCACGCUGGUGAGGUGCAAGAAGGGACAGGGCAGGGGGGGCUUGAAUCUUUGCUUUAUUGUUGUUGUUCUUGUGAUUGUUUGGGGGAUUAUUUUGGGGGAUAUGUGUGAAAGGGGAUCUUUUUUAUUGUUUGUUUUAUAACAUGAGGAAUGUCUCAUGUAAUGGAAAACUGCUGAAAUGACCUGACUCCUAUUACUGUCUGAACCCCCAUUGGAGGAUUCAGUUUAUACUAGUCCAACACCAGGAAAUACUUCUAUGUUCUUGUUAGCUCCAGGGCUGUUAUCAGUGGAUAAAUGGUGGUCUCUUUAGCCAUGAAAAAACUCCAAGGGGCUCUAACUAAUAAGCAAUUAUCGGGCAGUUAUUUUGUGAAGGCAUAUAUAACAUAUAGUUUUGUCUGUAGCCCUCGGAAUACAUACAGCAGCCCCUUGUAGUGUUUUGAACAGGCCCCCAUCUCAGUGAAUAUUGGAAGAUUCCUCUCCUCCAGUUUUACUCUGCCUUUUCACUAUGUGGGAGUCCAUACUCAGUUUUCUCUUCUCUGGUGUUCUUUCACCAAUACCUGGGGUUCUAAAUGUGUAAUCAUCUCCAAGAUGGUGUCCACACGGUGGCCUGACUAGACCUAAGACUUUACAGCUGAACACAUCCUGACACCUUCAUGGUGCAUCAGUCUGAAAACUGUUGAAAUGCCAUGACAGUGCAACAGUACGACACUGUAGAAUCACCAGUUCGGUGCAUCGAUCUUAAACUACUUCUGCCAUUUUGGUGCAUCAGCUUGAAACUGUUUUCACCAUUUUGAUGCACAUUAAACUCUUUGUCAAUCCCACUGCACUGUACCAGUGCCCACAGACCUGUAAGUGAUUGUAUGUAGAUCUGACCUUUUCUUUUCUCACCUGUACUGUGCUAUCUGCUUUUCAAGUCAAGGUGGGACCCUCUAAUCAGACUCUCAGAGGUAUAAUAAAAAGGGAUGGUAUAAAAAGCAGCUUAAAGACUAAAAAAAAAGAAAAAAGAAAAAAACAUAAAAGACAAGCUGAAAGACUUCAAAAAGCUUAUGCUUAUUAUAUGUCUUUUAUUGAGUUUUGUUUUUGAAAAAAAUAGAUUUUAAUGCGUGGAAUGUGUUUUGGUCAGGAAGUACAAAAAAUAACAUUGUUCUGAGCUGUCUAAUUGUUUUUUUUCUCUCAGCAAACUUUGAAAAACUGCUAAAUGAGUGCUGUAGUCUCUGGUUUUGCAUCAUUAAGUCAUUCAAACCUCUAUUUUUGAAUUUUUCUUUGUUUUGCUUAACUUUUAGUGCAACCAUGGCCCAAGUGUUUAAAAAAUAAAAGCUCAUUCUGUAGCGUCAUUUCAUAUCCAAGGUCAUUAAUCACUUCUUACCAGGUUCAAGUGGUGAAAUGGAGUCGAUUUUGAUGUUGAGGAGAAGCCAUUGCAUCAGCGUCUUCAGUACAGGCCUUAUAUGUCAACUAGCUAGCUGUACCCUCCCAGCUUCCAGUCAAACCCAAAAUAUCAGCGUGUACUGGAAGCAUGUAAGAGCAGCGGAUCAAUGGUUGUGCUGUAGGUCUUGGGAAUGUCUGGAAGAGUCAACGGCCAUCGGAACCCAAUGGCUGCCUUUUACGCGAUGAGUCCAAAAUACACUUCUAUUUCAUAUCUCUCAUGUUAAGGGUACUGUUUAUAUAAUGUGUUUUUUUAAAGUGCCAAUUAAUUAAAAUGAGACCAUUAAGGUGCAUUUUGGGGUGGGUACUGGGAGUGGUACAUUAACAAUAUUUUGUGGACUAGGGGGUGGGUUGGUAAAAUGGAACCAAACUUUUUACACUAACACUGUAUUAAUAAUUGAUAAUGUUAGUUGUUUAGAACAAGUUUUCAGUUUGUUAUCUUUAAGAACUAAAACUGCAAAAUGUUGUGUGUAGAGAACUCAGUCAAGCCACAGUGUUUUGAAGCAAGCAUUCUUAGGCAUUCUUUUCUUAUAUUAGGCUACAGUAUGGCUAUUGAAUGACAAAUAGGACACAGACAUUUAAAAAAUUUUAUUUAGUAUAAAUGAAAGAGACAUUAUGAAAAUGUAUAUUUUACAUGUUGAUGCUAUUUUUGUUUAACAAAAAGAAAAGAGUAUAUCAUGUUGAGCUUUAGUGUUGAGUUGAGCAGACUCGUUACUGCAUUUGGUUUCCCUUGUCCUGCCCAUGGUAAACAUAAACACGUACAUGAACUUUUUUGCUUCUCUCAUGCCAUCCUGAGUUCAUUUUGUUCAUUUGCUGGCUAAAUAACAAAAAGUGGCAAGUUCACUAAAAAGAAAGCAUGCACAAACUUGCUGUUUUGCUAUCUGUUAACAUUUUUAAUUUCAUGCAUAGAACUACAGGAUUUACUUGAUAAUUUUCAAAAAUUUAUGAUGUACAGUAUUUAAUAUAGGCCUAUUUUGUUGUAUGUGUUGCAUAUUAUUCAAAAACUGAACAAACUGGGGCCUCUGUUACAAGUGGCAAAGCUUUCUGUGUAUAAUUUGUCUAAUAAACAGGUUUUCUACA